AUGGGCCACCAUUUUGAUAGGAGGAAACACUGGAGGGGGCCUGAAUAUCGGAUGAAGGACAUAGUACAAAGAGAGGCAAUCCUGAGUGACGAUCAGAACUUUGAACUGGUUCCCAAUAAGCGUGAAAUAUCGCCAAUACCGCCAACCGUCGUGGUACUAACAGUUAUCGAAGCUGUCCUACCAGAUGGAUCUACCGCAGCCGAGUUUACUGUUCCUACUCUUCCGGCAACUGUUUCACACUCACGUCUAGGCAUAGUCACGAUUCCUGCUGGAUCCAUGUCCCCGAUAAUCGUGUCUUCUUUCCCUUCUCCACAGACUAAAAUUCCAGAACCAAUCAUUGUUUCACAGCCUCCUCCUAGCCAGCCAUCCAAGCCGUCAACCAACAUCUCCCUUCCUUCUACUAAACAUUCUUUACCAUCGACCAACGUUUCUCUUCCCUCCAGUGAACACUCCUCACCAUCGACCCAUAUUCCUCUUCCUUCUAAACCGUCUACGAACAUUUCUAGCCCCUCUACUAUACCUGCUACCUCCCAAAUUUCUACCUCCAUCCUCCCCACUCCACCUUCUGAAAGCUCUUCUAUAUCUUCUAAUAGCCCAACCCCUUCGGAAUCUUCAACCCCAUCAACCCCGCAUUCAUCAUCUCCAACCAGCAAAUCGGAAUCUGUAUCUUCUACAAACAGCUCAAUACCCUCAUCAACACCUAUCUCUUCAACUCAUUCAAGCGGCCGCACAAUUACCCCAUCUUCAUCAUCCACAUCCGUAUCGUCAACAUCGGCGGGUUCUAGUUCAGGAUCUCUUCCUGGAGGGGGUGGAGGAGAGGUAACUGGCGGACAACCACCGGCACCUACUCAAUCCAAUGGAAAUAUCUCCAAGGCUGACUCAGGUGCUGAUGUUCCCAAAAUCGUGGGUGGCAUUAUUGGAGGUGUAGCUGGAAUCGCUUUGAUUAUUUUGCUCUUACUUCUCCUGCGCCGUAUACGGAAACGGAAAUCCGUUCGGGAGAGUCAUAUCACAGGCGGAAUAGCCAGCUCUGGUGCUUCCGCGGGCCGAAAUACAUUCUCUACCAGUAAUACCAGUCAACUUUCCGGGUCCGUUCUUGGCGGAGCUACACGUGUUUUUGACAGGUUCAGAACUUCAAGCGCCUCAGUGGCAGUAGAGCCUGUCGAACGUGGAUUCCAGAAAAUAGGAGGCAGAAAGCUGACAUCCGUCCUUGAAACCGGUGGUGAUGGUUAUGAUGACAAAUUUGGGACCGACGAAAAGAGUCUUAUUGUCCCCCUUAAGCCUUCAGGUUUUCGAAAAGAGACAGGCUCCAGGUCUGCUGUUACCAGUGGGGAAGGCUCUUAUGGGAGUGGUUUACACAAGGAACUAGGGUUGGGGCAGCAGACAUCACGGUCCCCGCCAGGCCGACCCAUCUCUGAUGAGAGCACAUAUUCUGAACGAGUUGCAUUCCGCCCUUCACCUGCUCGGACACCCAUAGCAACACCUGCCGAAUCUGUCAUACGUGGAGGAAUAUCUACUACCCCGCACAGCGGUAUAGUCGCCCCAUCUGAGCCUCUACCAACCGCCUUACCACCAUCUGUGAGAGACGGAAUUGGACGGAGCUUGACUGACGGCAGCCGUGCAAGUAGAUUCACAGAAGGCGUUUGA